AAGGAUGAGUUCGAGGAGGAACCUGAGGAAAGCGAUCCAGAUCUUUGAGCACUUCCAAGAACUGUAUUUUCGAAAUACUAAUUUGGCCAUCAAGAAUGAUUGUCAUGCGUUCUUAUUUGACGAUCAAUUUUGGAGCUUGGCGUUUGGGAGGCUCCAUUACCGCAUGGCGUUCUCGUUUGUCGAUGGAUGGAAUACCCCUUGGUUGCAGCAAUCAGCGCGACCGAGCACAUGCUCUUCAGCUUGUAUUUUCUGAUACCCGUCUACAUAUGUUCUCAAUACAACCUUUUCAAUCAUACAUGUCCGAUCUUACAGACUUUAUGUGAGCGUCUCCCUUGUACUAUUCCAAUACUCAAACGCCUCCCAAUGCAAUACCUGUAGACUAUCUUUCG